CUCUCCUCCAUCUUUUCUAGAAGAAAAAAAUUUUUUUUCUUCAACAACGACAAGGUUUCUGGUUGGUAUUUUACCUUGUUUUUAUUGUGUGGGACAAUCAGGGGGGUUUCUAUAGGAGAAAUAACCUCUUGAGCGUUUGGCAGUUCCAAAACCAUUCCAACUCUUUCCUUCAAUAGGGCAAUUUACUAGCCCAAGACCCAGUGGCCAUAGGUCCCGAAAUCAGUCGGUUAACUGUUCGGACGUUGAAAUACCCCGAUAUGUCCAGAUUUCCUUUUUACCUUCACAAAAGGCACUUUUCGAGUCUCUCUCAAUUUCCCUUAUUUUUCAGAUUUUCUUUUAAAAAAUGAAAACUUGUCAAAUUUGUCCCAGUCAGGGACUUGAGGCUACUCACUUUGAAAACGGAAAACAAUUGCGAGAACACUUGAUUGAGGCAAAUUUUUAAUUUUUUCUUAAAAUGACAAAAUAUCCCACUUUUCUAGAAUCACUCAAAAAUCGUCGCCCAAACUUUUUUAACGCCCAAAGUCAACGACAAAAUACAUUUAUGGCUUUUGGCCAGCGUGGAUUAUUCAACACAGUCCACUUCAAAUGGCACAAAUGACAUUCAAGCAAAUAAGCAAAAUACUAAAUUAUUCACUGUCGAAAACACCAAAACCAAAGACCAACAGAAUGGUGACGCGUUAAUGCUACUCAAAGGCUUCUUGGAAUCCGUUGCUGAAAAUAAUGAUGGUGGAGAGCAGGAAAAACAAUUUUGUGAGGAGGAAAGAGGGGAGGAAGAAAUGAAAGAAGAGGUGACUGAGGAGGUGAAUGAGGAGGUAGAAGAAGAAGGGAAACGAGAAGAAGAACAGCCAACCACUUCUAGCAAUAUUUUAGUUGCUAGUGGAGAAGAGGAACAACAGCAGCAGGCAACUGACGAGCUUGAUUUCUUCGCUCCCCUCAAAUCCCUGCUACUUUCUUCAACGUUAGAUUCAGCCCAAGGAAGUGGCACCUCCACACCUUCACGUGCUGCAGUUGUGGAUUCUAAAGCUAUAAGAAAAGCGCAUUGUCAAGUAUGCGAUUUGGAUAUAUGUUCUACUGCACGUCAACGGCAUGUAUAUAUGGUGCAUUUGAAGAAGAAGGACCUAUUUAAAUGCAGAUUAUGUGAAUAUACAAAUUCAAAUUCAUUAUGGGAAGUUCAGAAACACACACGGAUGCAGCAUUCUUCCGAUAUAAGGCCUAUCAGCCAGGAAGAGAAACACAAACUGGAAAUACAGAUGUGGGGUCAUCUUUGCUUUCCCGAAUGGAAACAAAAGCCUCAAAAAAGAAAAUAUCAAACAGAGGAGGAAUUGACUGAGGUAAAGGAGGAAGACAGAAAAGAAGAGGUGUUUCAAAAACGAAAAAUGAAAAAGGAGGAAAAAUUGGAAGAGCCUGAGGAAGACAAGGAGGAAGAAGAUGAUGGAGGGAGAGCAUCCACAACAACUACAAGUGCUGGGGGAGGGGAUGGAGAAGGAAGCAGUAAUGAUGUAAAUGAUCGUUUGUGUCAUCUUUGCAUGGAGGAAUCAAAAUACCCUGGAAGACAUAUUGCUCAACGCCAUUUAAAUCAACCUCUCUAUGAAUGCCCUGUUUGUUUUAAAUUUGGAAGUUAUGAAAGUUGCACUGUUGUAAAGGUUUUAGUUUUCUACUGUUUAGACGUUAUGCCACGAGUUACCCGGACUUUUUUCCGUUCCGAAGUCCGAUUCUGCUUUUUUUUCAAUCCGUGA